AGGAGGAGGAGCCAGCCGGGCUGGGGGGCGGCGGCACAGUCUCCGGGAUCCCCAGGCCUGGAGGGGGGUCUGCGCGCGGCCCGCUGGCUCUGCCCCCCCCGCGUCCGGUCCCGAGCGGGCCUCCCUCGGGCCAUCCCGAUGGUGACCGGGCCCAGCGGCGCCUGAGCCAGGAGCGCGCCGGUCGCGGAGCCGGAGGGCGGGAGGAACAUGACAUCGCGGAGUUGCUCAUCUAGUGCCUACUGUAUACACGGAGAGGACUGGAAAUUUAUGUUUCUUCUCAUCUUGUCUGGACACACUGUAUUAAUCACCUUGUUGAUAAACUCAAAUGAAGUCAUCCUGAUUUGCCUUUCCUCUCCUUUCAGAUGGUUUCACCCAAAUAUCACUGGCGUGGAGGCCGAAAACCUACUGCUGACAAGAGGAGUUGAUGGCAGUUUUUUGGCAAGGCCCAGUAAGAGUAACCCAGGAGACUUCACACUUUCCGUUAGAAGAAAUGGAGCUGUCACCCACAUCAAGAUUCAGAACACUGGUGACUACUAUGACCUGUACGGAGGGGAGAAGUUCGCCACUUUGGCUGAGUUGGUUCAGUAUUACAUGGAGCAUCAUGGGCAAUUGAAAGAGAAGAAUGGAGAUGUUAUUGAGCUCAAAUAUCCGCUGAACUGUGCAGAUCCUACCUCUGAAAGGUGGUUUCAUGGACACCUCUCCGGGAAAGAAGCAGAGAAGUUAUUAACUGAGAAAGGAAAACAUGGUAGCUUUCUGGUACGAGAGAGCCAGAGCCACCCUGGAGAUUUUGUUCUCUCGGUCCGAACUGGUGAUGACAAGGGAGAGAGCAAUGAUGGCAAGUCCAAAGUGACCCACGUCAUGAUCCGCUGUCAGGAACUGAAAUAUGAUGUUGGCGGAGGAGAGCGGUUCGACUCUUUGACUGAUCUCGUGGAGCAUUAUAAGAAGAAUCCCAUGGUAGAAACAUUGGGCACAGUUCUACAGCUCAAGCAGCCCCUUAACACAACUCGUAUCAAUGCUGCUGAAAUAGAGAGCCGGGUUCGAGAACUAAGCAAAUUAGCCGAGACCACAGAUAAAGUCAAACAAGGCUUUUGGGAAGAAUUUGAGACACUACAGCAACAGGAGUGCAAACUUCUCUAUAGCCGAAAAGAGGGCCAGAGGCAAGAAAAUAAAAACAAAAACAGAUAUAAAAACAUCCUGCCCUUCGAUCAUACCAGGGUUGUUCUACAUGACGGUGACCCCAACGAGCCUGUGUCCGAUUACAUCAAUGCAAAUAUUAUCAUGCCUGAAUUUGAAACCAAGUGCAACAAUUCAAAGCCCAAAAAGAGUUAUAUUGCUACACAAGGCUGCCUGCAAAAUACGGUGAAUGACUUUUGGCGCAUGGUGUUUCAAGAGAACUCCCGAGUGAUUGUCAUGACAACGAAAGAAGUGGAGAGAGGAAAGAGUAAAUGUGUCAAAUACUGGCCUGAUGAGUUUGCUCUGAAAGAAUAUGGGGUCAUGCGUGUUAGGAACGUCAAAGAAAGCGCCGCUCAUGACUAUACGUUAAGAGAACUUAAACUGUCAAAGGUUGGACAAGCUCUACUCCAGGGGAAUACGGAGAGAACGGUCUGGCAAUACCACUUUCGGACCUGGCCUGACCACGGCGUGCCCAGUGACCCCGGGGGUGUGCUGGACUUCCUGGAGGAGGUGCACCAUAAGCAGGAGAGCAUCAUGGAUGCGGGGCCAGUGGUGGUGCACUGCAGCGCUGGAAUUGGCCGGACAGGGACGUUCAUUGUGAUUGAUAUCCUUAUUGACAUCAUCAGAGAGAAAGGUGUCGACUGUGACAUUGAUGUUCCCAAAACGAUUCAGAUGGUGCGAUCUCAGAGGUCAGGGAUGGUCCAGACAGAAGCACAGUACCGGUUCAUCUAUAUGGCCGUCCAGCAUUAUAUCGAAACACUACAACGCAGGAUUGAAGAAGAACAGAAAAGCAAGAGGAAAGGUCACGAGUAUACAAAUAUUAAAUAUUCCCUCACGGACCAGGCAGCUGGAGAUCAGAGCCCCCUCCCGCCUUGCACCCCAACUCCAUCCUGUGCGGAGAUGAGAGAAGAUAAUGCUCGAGUCUAUGAGAACGUGGGUCUGAUGCAGCAGCAGAAGAGCUUCAGAUGAGAAAACCCGCUGAAACUUCCGCACAGAAAUAGAGGUGGGCUUCACCCUCUCCAUGAAAAGAUCAAGAACAGAUGCAAGAAAGUUUAUGUGAAGAAUGAACUUGAACCUCGAAGGCUUGCGUUGUGGUCGACUCCCUUUUGAUGAACAGAAUCUGAAACCAUUUAAAGACCACUCCGUUCUAACUCAGCACCACCCGAUUUCCAGUUGCUCAUUUCCUCAGAUAAGCAAUCAUCUCUACAGUGUAGACAGUGUUAUAUUUUAUAGAGUUUUAUUUUAAAUUGAGGAAGCAGUUAACUUGUGCUCUGUACUUUGCAGAUGGUGGUGAUUCGAAUCCUAGUUAUUGGCAUUUUUCUUUCUUUUUAUAAGCCUAACAAAUUUAAUUUUCCCCCCUCUUUGGGGGGGAUAAUGGGGCACUUGUUAGAGGAAAAAGUGGGGAAAUUAAAUGACAACAUCCUGUAGAAAUGAGGACAGUUUUAUUUAUCAUCAUUUGUCCAGUAAUGGGUAAUUCAUUUUGAUGGCCUCUUUUUUGGGGGGCUAAAUGACAAUUAGGCCAGUGCCCCAGACUUUCAGAACUUGACUCUCUUCCUUUGUAUUGCCUUUAAGAAAUCAUGGGGAAAAUCCUGGGAAUUUAGGAUCAAGGUGUGCUUUUUCUUAGCAGAUAACCAAUGACCAUUCAGCCUACUGUGGUGGGGAAAUGUUUGCCAUAUAUAUGUGUGUGUGUGUGUGUGUUGUUUUUUCAUUUGAGAAUUGUCUUGUAUUUUAAAAAAAAUGCAUCUGUGGAUAACCAGUGUUUUGGUUUUCAAUUGUUGCUGACAAACCACCCAAAACAUAGUGGCUUAAAAUGUC